AUGCAGACUGCUUCUACAAACAUUUGUGAAAGAAUGGGUCGCUCUCAGGAGCUCAGUGAAUUCAAGCGUGGUACCGUGAUAGGUUGCCACCUGUGCAAUAAGUCCAUCCGUGACAUUUCCUUGCUACUAAAUAUUCCACGGUCAACUGUUAGUGGUAUUAUAACAAAGUGAAAGCAAUUGGAAACAACAGCAACUCAGCAACCAAGUGAGUGGGGUCAGCGCAUGCUGAAGCGCACAGUGCGCAGAAGUCACUAACUGUCUGCAGAGUCAAUAGCUAAAGACCUCCAAACUUCCUUUUUCCAUGGCCGAGCAGCUGCAUCCAAACUUUACAUCACCAAGUACAAUGCAACGCGUCAAAUUCAAUGG